AUGGCAGGAUCAAAGAACGAAUACUCUGGUGGUGCAUCUGGAAAAGCACUCAGAAAUGAACAAGAAGCAAAAGGACUUGGUACAGGACCAGGUCACCAAACUACAGAAGACGCAGAUGCUGCAUUCAAGAGCGCACCUGUGAGAACCGACGCACCUGUUGUUAGCGGAAUUGAAGUCAACAACAAGUCACACGGUACUGACAGCCAUGUCGGUGCAGCUGGCGCCGAUGGAAAUAUCGAAGUUUCUGGUGGUGCACCAACAUCAAAGUUAGCAUAA